AUGACUUUAAGUAAUGAUCCAGAAAUAGAAUCACAAGAAAUUAACAACGAAAAUAAUGAAACCAGUUCUAGUCAAGAAACCUUAAAAGCUACAAAUGAAGCUCAUUUUAUCGGUGGACCAAUUGCUACAGCUACUGCAAUUGCAGCUGUAGCCUCGACCACAACCACAACCACAACCACUAAUGCUGAUAUUGAUGCUAUUACUACUGCAACAAGUACUACAGCCACCAUAACUAAUAAAAAUAAUUCAACCUGGUCUUUCGCUGUUAAAAAUAAAGUUGAAAAACUUGUUGGCGAGCAUUUACCUGAAUCAUUAAUACAUGAUAAAAAAAUUGUCAAUGCAUUUAACAAGUUAAAUAAAAAUGUCAAAUCUAAGCUUAAUGAUAAAGAGCUACAUCCUGAACUUGACUGGGAUGCAAAGGUUAGAUUAUCAAAUGAUCUUUGUGAUGACGAAAAAAAUUUCAUCAAAGAACGAAAAAAUCAUAUUCCCAUGAUUGCUACUACAGGUUAUCUACGUGCUUUACAAGAUUCAGGUCUUUAUGAUUGUGGAAUGUAUUUAGCAGGUGUAAGUGGAAGUUGUUGGAAUAUUGCGCUUCAAUAUUCUUCUAGGAUAUCAAGUCAAGAGAAUCCAAUUGAAGCAUUACUAGAGCAUUUUAGAACUCGUUUAACAAACCAUAUAGCUAGUCCAAGAGGUCUAUUCAAGUUACUCAAACAUUCGCCAGAUCCCGAAAAGACUGUUGAAUUGAUAUUUGGAGGUUUGAUAGAGAAAAAAUUAUCUGGUGCAGAUAUUGGCAUUAUUGAUAUCUAUGGUGCUUUAUUGGCUGCAAGAUUAUUAUUAGGUGAUGAUUCACAAACCCAAUUUAAAGAUUUUAAACUAAGUGAACAAAAACGCUUUUUAGAAGGUGGUAAGAAUCCAUUGCCUAUUUACACUGCUAUUCAUCAUGCACGUCCUUGGAAAGAUUUUUUGAAUAAGGAGGAUGCAUCUUUAAUUGAAAAUUAUAAUCAAAUAUUAAAAAAUCAUCAUAAUCAGAAAGAUCAUUAUCGAUGGUUUGAAUUUACUCCUUUUGAGAUAGGGUGUGAUGAAUUUGAAGCAUGGAUUCCAACUUGGUCAUUUGGAAGAAAAUUUGAACUUCAAAAAAAUCUUGAAAGAAUACCAGAACAAAAUUUUGCAUUAUUAAUUGGUAUUUUUGGUGCAGCACCUUGUGCUCCAAUUUUAGCAAUGAAAAAUUUGGGAGAACAAAAACAAUUGAAAUUUGAAGGACAUCAUGCAGUCCCAGCAUCAAAUAACAAAAACUUUUUAUAUCACUUGCACCCACCACCAUAUAAAUUAGGAGUGGCAAAUUCACCUGUUUUACAUUUGAUAGAUUCCGGUGCAUCCAACGAUCUGCCGUUAUAUCCAUUAACACAUCCAAAUCGUGAUGUUGAUAUAAUAAUAGGAUUUGAUUGUUCAAGUCAAAUAAAUAAACAUGAAUAUUUCGAAGAGGAACAAAAAAUUUUUACUGAAAGAAGAGGUAUCAACAGUGUACCUGUAGAUGUUGAUAGUAAUAAAUAUUGUGAGAUUUAUGAUUAUCAAGCAAAUGGUAUUUCUGGUGACGGGUUUACACCCGUGUUCAGGAAGGAUUCUUGUAAAUUUGUUUAUUUACCAUUCUUGGAAAAUUCAAAAGUUGAUGAUAAAUUUAUACCAUGUACCGAAAAAUUUUGUAAUUUUGCUAAUUUCACUUAUACAAGGGAUCAGGUUGAUUUAAUUGUUAGAUUGGCUAAACAAAAUUGGAUGGAGGUGGAAGAUAAAGUUAAAAGUGUUAUCAUUGAAACUUGGAAAAAGAAACCAGAAAGUCUUCAAGAAUCAAAGAAAAGUUACGAUGAAGAAAAUACCGAAUUAAGGUUAGAAAAUUAG